AUGCCGCUUCCUCUCUCCCGGCGCUUGAACAUUUCUGGUGAUCAGACAAAACAAUUCAAGGAGAUGGAAGCCGAGUUCAUCCUGGUCGGCGGCGCAGCUGCAGUGCUUCAAGGCUACAAGAGGACCACAACCGACGUAGACACCUUGAUCCGGUCUCAGACCGUCCUCGACUCUCUCGAGUCUGUUGAAGGCUUCGAGGUGGUGGCGGGACGGCUCUCGUACCGAUCAGUCAUCAUUGAUCUCCUCACCACGAUUGACGACCGCUUCACCUAUAGCCAGGUGGACGGGUACGUCCGAUAUGUGCAUGGCGUUCCUGUACUACAACCCGAGUACGCCCUCUCAGUCAAGAUCAGGUGCUUCUACCUUCGUUCAGAAGAUUCAAACGGCCUCGAGAAGCAGCUUACCGACCUAAUGGAUGCUGUCUUCUGGGCGAAGGCAAUGAAGGAGGCUGGCAAAACUAUCUCAAACACUUGUGCGACACUAUUUCAGAUCGGCUGCUAUCACGCCGUUCUGGUCCGACUCAAACUAGAGCCCGACGACUUCGAGAUCCUGGUGGACGUGGGCUUUGGGCGACUCAUCAUCCCAUGGGAGGAGAAUACGCCAGAGCAACGUGAAUACUAUUACUCCCUGUUUGCUCCUGAAGGGACCGAUCUGUUGACGGUGCCACUGGACAAUUGA